AUGCCUACCAUGUUCUCAAACUUCACACCCCGCCACAUCGCCCCCCUCCUCCUCGCGACCCAACUCUGCAUCGGCGGCCUCUACCCCUUCCUGUACACGCCCUCCGCCGCGCUCCUGAAAUUCGGCUUCACGCCACAAAUCGCUGCGUCAAAAGCCGCAUGGCCCGUCAUCAAGACCGGGUCCGCGCGCGUGACGGCCAUGGGCAUUGCGCUGUGGGGCAUGUAUCUUGGGGGCCAUUUUCCACCCCAAGAAAGGCGCAUACCGCGAGUUUACUUCCACGCGCCCUGCACCAGGCAUUUCAACAUCGUUCGUGCCGAGAAGCCCCCUAGCAGACACCCAGCUGCUAUGUGAAAGAAGAAAAGUAACUCGAAGCUGCGCGAGCCGGGUGCUGAAGCGAAUGUGAAUAAAGUACAGGUCGAAACGAAGUACUUUUUGUACAGGUCCAAAAAUGAGCCAGAAGCGACCGACUUGGGUAUCAAAUAAAAAGGUGUAAUAAACCGCGCGGAAAUAGUGCGCUAAAGGAGCCACAAGAAGUAAGUUGCUGUGGUCCUAGAGUGAU